AUGGUAAUCUACCGCUCUAGUUCGGCCGCUCCUCGAUAUUUCUUGGGUUUCCAAUCCGAGAUUGUGAAGGAUGCCGCACUUACCGGACAAAGGCUUUGGGACUAUUCAAUGAUCAGGUUCCUGCCAGAUCGAUACCGGGACCUGAGCGCAAUGCUGUUGCCGAAUAGGGGCUCGCCUCAUCCUCGGGAAAACUUUGGAGUUUUACCCCAGCCUGGCCACCCCCUUAGUCGAAGCUCUCCUACCGAGCAGGGUGUCCCUGAUCUAGAGCCAUCCACAAGUAUUAAUUCGCACGAGGCUCUUCAUGCCGUGAUAAAGAAGAACUUUCUCCGCGCUACCCCAGUGGUACCCCACCCCAAGGUGGCGAGUGCUUGA